GUGCUGGGCGUCACCCCUCACUUAACCUCACCAAACAACAAUAAAAUUACCUGCAGAUUUCAAGUAAUAUUUCUGUCUGCGGCUUACUGGAAACGUUGAGGAGACUCCUGCGGUACACUGCGAAUGUCCAGGUGAACUGUGGGUCCUUUUGUCGAGACGGGCAUCAACAAACACCUGGCAUGGCAGCAGAGGAAACAACAGAAUAAGAGGCAGCUGUAAGGCAACAGCAGGGGAAGCAGCGAGGAAACACCAGUGGUGGGAGCAGCAACAGUAGAAAAUACCAGUAGCAAUGUGGAAAGACAGUAGAAUCAGUAGUUAGGGAACUAACUACAGUAAUCAUGGAAGUAUCAGUGGGAAAGGAGAGUAGCUAGAAAAUAUUUUAGUAUCCUGAGUAGAAGUCCGUGACACCGUCGCCACCAUCAAACACAAGAGUACACACAACAAAACUAACAGGAGCGGCUGGUAACAGGAGUAGGUGGUAAGAGAAAGUAUUAACAGGAGCGCCGAGAAGAAGAAGAAGCAGGUCCUGGGGUAGAAUGAGAGGGAGCAGCCGAGGCCAGUGUGCGUGGUGGAGGAGGCCGGGGCGGGCCAGCACGCACGCUGCUCCUCCUGCCUCACUCGUCAGGAAGACAAGAAGAGACUCAGUAGCACCACCACCACUACUGCCGUAGGUGGGCCCCCUUGUGUGCUGCCAUGCCUGCCUGGCACCCCUCGCAGGCCUCACCUCAGUGCCUCAACCUAUACUACACACACGCUCGCAUUUGUCUCCCACCGUGGAUAAUAGCGAUUGUGGACAGUUGAUUGCAACUUUGAAUAAGAAAAUAGUGACACUACAGUGGUAUUGCUACGGAAAUAAUAGGUAUUACUAAGCGUGUUGUCAUUAGAUGACGAAGAUAUUAAGGAUAUUAAAGUUUAAGGAAGUAUAAGAGAGCGUGGAGACAUGGUGGCAAGCACCUUGACCAAGCUCCUGGUUACGGCCGCAGCCGUCAACUCUGCCAUGGCUUUGGAUGAUUCAGGAGCCGUGGGCGUGAUGGGGCUGGUGGGGACCCGGGUGGAGCUGCCCUGUCACUACACCCCGCGCAGCCCCGCGGACAAGCCCAAGCUCAUCCUCUGGUACAAGACCGGCAUCAGUAGACCACUCUUUAGCCACGACUCGCGGGUGCCGCAGGUGCAGGCUGACCUGCGGCAGGAUGGGGGCGAGCUGCGGUUGGGGGCGGGGUCGGCCUCCCUCGAGUACCGCAACCUCACGACCCUCCACGCCGGCCUCUACGAGUGCCGUGUGGACUUCUACACCUCCCCGGCCCACACCAGCCUCGUCAACCUCACCGUCGUGGAGCCGGUGAGAAGAGUGGAGAUCUUGGGCGCUUGGUCCGUAGGUCGUGGGAGCGGGUCUUCUGGUCGUGGGAACGGGUCUGUGGGGCGCGGCAACUGGGGGGUGCUAGGCCCCUACUACCCAGGACAAACCAUCAACAUCUCCUGCGUCUCCCACCAAGGAUGGCCCCCGCCUGUGCUGACCUGGUGGCUGGGGGAGAAGAUGCUCAAGAGCUCCCGCCUGGAGGAGGCGGUGACGGCGACCACGGUGCAGAACGACCUGGUCAUCGAGAACGCGUCGCGCAGCUGGCAUGACCAGACUCUCACUUGCACCGCUAACAACACGCGUCUGGCAGCCCCGGCAGCGUCUUCGGUCCUCAUACGCAUGUUUCUGAUGCCGUCGACGGUGGUGGUGGAGAACCCCGGGCCGGUGGUGGAGGGCCGGCAGGCACACCUUCGCUGUCUGGCCACCGGCGCCCAGCCCGCCCCAACCCUCACCUGGAGCCUCAACGGUACACUUACCCGCGCCCACCAGAGUGUGUCUGAGGGCCGAGUGACGUGGUCCACCCUGCUGGUGAACGUCAGCCGCGCCCACAACAACGUCAGCGUCGCCUGCACCGCCACCAACCCUGCUCUAAGGGGCCAGCGGGUCUCGAACUCCACCUACCUCACCGUCUACUACCCGCCGUCAGUGUCGCUGUCGCUCGGCCGCUCCCUACAGCCGGAGUCGCUGAAGGAGAACGACGAUGUGUACUUUACCUGCGCCGUUUCUGCCAGCCCCCCCGCCUCGACCAUCACCUGGUUCCAUCAGGGUCGUGAGAUGACGCAGAACGUGAGUGCAGGUGUGGUGAUGAGCGGGGACUCGCUGGUGCUGCAGGGCGUGCGGCGAGACCAGGCCGGCCAGUACCGCUGCGGCGCCGUCAACCCCCUGGCCCGCGUCGUCAGCUCCCCCGCCACCCUCAAGAUCAAAUAUAAGCCAGAAUGCCUCACAUCGCUGACCACUUACUUCAUCUAUGAUAAACCGGUGAACAUCACCUGCACUGUCACCUCACAUCCACCGGUCACCUCCAUCCACUGGCAGUGGAAGAACAACGAUGACCCUACCAGCACGCCAGUCACCAGCAGGAGGACCGAGGUAACGUCAGCCCAGUUGACGGUGCGGCCGUAUCCAGGAGGCGAGGACCGGACGCUCUCCUGCUGGGGCGUCAACGAAAUGGGCGCACAACUCCACCCUUGCAAAUUCUCUAUCAAAGAGGUGUCGCUGCCACGGUCGUCGUGUCGAGUGGCCAACAUCAGCACCACCUCCCUCAGCCUCGCCUGCCACACUCCACACCUCGACCCCCAACCCUCUACUCUCUACACAGCUGAGGUGUACUUCGACAACAGGACGCUCUUCGCCAACGUGACCUCGACGCGUCCUAACUUCAACGUGAGUCGGCUGGACGCAGGGACCAGUUACCAGAUCAAGGUGUACGUCAGCCACGGGCCCGUCACCUCCCAGCCCGUCGUCGUCUCCGCUUACACCUCCAGGUCCUCCACCUCACCAGCAGAUAGCGACGGUGAUGUGAGCGAGGGUGGUGGCGUUGUGGGCGGGGUGGUGGGCGGCGUGCUGGUGACGGCGGUGGUGGUGGGCGGCGGGGUGUGGGCGAGGGUGUACUGGAGCAAGAGGCGCCCAUCCUGCAAGACUAAGUCGCUCCACCUCGCCUCCGCCGACGACACCCGCCCCAUGUUGACUCUUGGAGGGUCAACGGAAGCCACGGCACUACGGGCACCACCUUCAGAAGAUAUCUGGAACAAAGAGGAGACCAUGUACCAGGCGGUGCCCGGCGAGUGUCAGGGGGACCAGGGCAGCCUCCUCCCGUCCAGCGACGACGACGAUGACGACCUCUCUCGCCCGUCCUACCCUUAUACUGGAGGAAGCGACAGUAUAGCCACUGUGGAGGAGAUCUUCAAGGUGGUGGUCAACCCGCAGCAUCAGAGUGUUGCCAUGAAAAAGAUAGAAGCCGAGGAGACACCGUCAGGAAAGACACAAGAAGCAACCAAAGAGGCUGACAACUACCUGGGGGAAUGGCUGCAGCUCUUUCCUAAGGAGAGUGAAGCCAAGCUGGCCAGAAAACUGAAGCACGUGUCCAAGAAGGACGAGGAGCACAUAGGCGAGUGGCUUCAGCAGCUGCCGCAGGACGCCGAAGACUACCCUGGGGGCUGGGUCAUCAACUCCUCCCGCAACGAUGACAACUUUCCCUCAGGCAACCUCAACCUUUUCCCCAAGACAAUAGAGGAGCCCCCGAGUGGAUGGCCAAGGAAGUCCACCAAGGAAGACGAGAGCCAUGCUGUCGGGGAGACACAAGGACUGCCCACAAAUGUAGGUGAAAAUGACAGUGCUUGGCACGAGCGGCGGCCUCAGGGAGCUGAAGGUUAUCGUAGUGGGGCACUGAAACGUCCACAGAAAUUAGCAGAAAGCUACAAUGACUGGAGGCUCAAGUACGAACCAAACAAAGCAAAACACUUUAAGUGUAACACAUUACAACAUUCUUUCAGAGUAGCUGGUAACUAUCGCAAUGAUUUACCGUUAAAUUUGCCCAGAGUACCAACUCACAACCGAGGUUGGACACUGCCACGUCCACCAAAUUUAGCGGAUAAUUUUGUAACCCGAACUCCACAAAAUACGUCCAGCGAGAUGGGACUCUACCGAGGCGGAAUGCUGAGGCAGCCCUCUGAGCCAACAGGAAUACCUAUACGCAGUAACUCAAUGAGAGCCUCGUCGGGUAGAGGUGGAGGUGUUCCCCUGAGGAGGCUGCGGAGGGGGUCGCCGGAGGAAAUGGAUCUUGAGAGCGAAGAGUUGCCUUGUUCCGUCCACCAGCUCAUGUACUCAGAGGAGACCAUUCUCUGAUACAGUGUUAUUGGUGAGCCAACCAUUAGUAGACUCUCGGUAACUUUUACAAUAAACCUCUCUAAA